CCACUGCACAGCCCGGUGAGGGAUCAGCUAGACAGGGAAAAGCAACAGAUCAUGUUCUCUGAAGCAGAUCCAGCACAGCUCUGAGACAUCAGCCUCUGAGAUGAGACUCCAUCCAUCCUAAUCCUCUGUCCUCAAGAUCUGGACAGAAACAAAUCAAAAUAAGGACUUUAGAGACACCAAAAACUCUGGACAUCACAUCUGGACAGGAUUCUUGAAGCCAAACCAGGUCCACAGGGACCUACGAGGGUGCUUUGCCGUUUGUUUUUCUAUCUUGUACGGGGCUGGCGAAGGGGCCGGUGAAAGUUAGCCAAGACGCCGCGUGCCGUGCUCCGCGUGAAGAAUGCCCAGGCACGCCUGCCCAAGCCGGUGGACACGGCGCCGGCACCUACACCGGGCCUUUACAUGGAGCGCUCGCAGAGUCGCAUCAGCUUGUCCGCGUCCUUUGAGGCCCUGGCCAUCUACUUCCCCUGCAUGAACUCCUUCGAUGAGGACGAUGGCGACCCAGAGGGCCGCAGGUUAAAGGGCAUUCAGAGGAGUACAGAGACAGGGCUGGCCGUAGAGAUGCCCAGCCGUACGGUCCGGCAGGCGAGCCACGAGUCCAUCGAGGACAGUAUGAACAGCUAUGGCUCGGAGGGAAAUCUGAACUACAGUGGAAUGUGUUUGGCAUCAGACGCCCAGUUUAGUGACUUUCUGGAUGGGAUGGGACCUGCUCAGUUUGUGGGCAGACAGACACUAGCUACAACUUCAAUGGGAGAUGUUGAGAUCGGUCUGAUGGAGAGGAACGGACAGCUGGAGGUGGAGAUCAUUCAGGCUCGAGGACUCAUCAUGAAGCCUGGAUCUAAGGGCCCUCCAGCGGCCUACAUUAAAGUCUACCUUCUGGAAAAUGGCAUCUGCACUGCCAAAAAGAAGACGAAGUCUGUCCGGAAAUCAUUAGAUCCCCUUUACAAUCAAGUCCAAAGCUUUUCCAUGUCUCAUGAACAGGUCAUCGUUUGGGGAAACUACGGCCGGAUGGAUCGUAAAUGCUUCAUGGGCGUGGCCCGCAUCCUAUUGGAGGAGCUGGAUUUGACAAACAUGGUGAUUGGCUGGUACAAGCUUUUCCCCACCUCCUCUAUGGUGGACCCCACGAUGGCGCCGCUGAUCCGCCACUCCUCACAGCUCUCUCUGGAGAGCACCGUCGGGCCGUGCUGUGAACGCUCAUAAGACUAACAACUCCACUAGAUUUAUUUUUCUCUGGAAGGGCUCUCACAGACCCCCCCGAUCCUAAGAGUGCUGGUUGUGCAUGACUGCGGCACCGGAAUCCUCUGGAAUGUUCUAGAAUUUCUUCAGAACAAAUGACCUUUCUGGAAUAUUCCAGAAUUGACCUCAGAGGGAAUGCUCUUUUUCAGCCUCUGAGAAAAAGACUUCAGGACAGGCAAAGAAUGCAGACCAGACGUCUGGGCUUUAUUUUAGCUUUCAACACAUUAGCUUGUGAUGGUCUGUAUGAGGAAACGUCCUCCAUUUAGAACUAAACGCAGGUAAACGUUUGUGCAGUCAUCGUGUUGGGUGCUGCAACGGAUGGGUUCGUGCAAUAUGACACACAAUAGAGAGAAGAAUGUAUCGGUAAUAAAAGUGCGGGUUUGCAUUCUUGUGUAAUUAACAAUACAGGAAUAGAUAUAUGUCUUAAAAAUAUGUGUAGUUUGAAAAGAGUCAUGAUUCCGUUCGCACACGGAUCUUUUUCUGUUCGUGUCUCUUCCGUUUCGUCGUUCUCUUUACUGAACAGUGCCAAUGCUGCCAGCAAGUGGCUUUAUUUGUGGCUAGUGUCUAUAUUCGGUGACUACAGGCUUUAUGAAUCAAUAAUCUAAGCAGACACAUAUUUAAAAAGACUAUCUUUUCCCAAACAGUGACAUGUCAUUUUACGUUUUCCCCCACUAACAGUAUAUGGAAAAAUUUAAAUGGAUGCAAGAUGCUGAUAGAUAUGAUAGAUAGAGGUUUUUAAUGGCUGAAACCAAUAUCUAAAGAGAAGAGUGAUAUAAACAGACAUGAUAUAUACAUAUAUAAUACAAUUUUAUGAUAACAUGUACAUAAAAAUAAUACAUUUAAAUGAAACGUGUGCAAUCCAUUAUUUUUAAAACGAACAGUAGGCCUAAUGACCACUUCUGUAAAUCCCCCCCCCCCAAAAAAAGAUCAAAUAUUGGU